AGUGAGCUAGGCAAUAGUGGCACUGCACGGUAUUGGCGGAGGAAGGUGAGGUCUUAAGACAAUCGCUAAAAUGACGAGAUAGAUACGGUCCAUAGCCGCAACCACAACAGCAGAAGAAUCCAUGGACUCUUUGGCAGGGCGGAGGAAACUUGAGGGGCGGUGCUAUGGUCGCUAUAAAUAAAAUGCCGCAUUAAAAUAACAGUCAUGUUGUUGUUAUUCAUCGAAUUGGGCGUUGAGAAAAGCUUGUGAAAAAGCUCUUAUCACGUCUUUGUGUUUCUUCUACCUGUCCGAAAUCUAGUCAUUCAUUGACUGUAUACGUUAUACAAUAAAGAGUUGCUACCAGGAAGAAGAGCACUCAGUGUCCUGUUAAUAACUGCCAAGCACUGAACAUUUUUGUCAGUCUGACGUAAAGGUACUGCCUGGGCUGGCACAGAACAUAUUGUUAAGUGAAGAAACCAGUGUAAACUGAAAUACACUUACAGAGAAAUAAAGCUAAUUAAAUGUGUCUUGUUUUCAGACUACAAAGAAUUCAGAAUACAAAGAAAACAUACGAUCUGACACUUUUUUGCUGCUAUAUGUUCCUGCCCGCUGUACGAGUCUAUGUUAUGAACCACUGGAUGGUUUUGUUAUUCUUUUGUAACUACACAGAGGAGGGAUUAUUGAUCUUAUAGAUCCAAUAUACGCUUGCGACGAUUUUAAUGUAUUCUCGGGUGUUCUUGGAAAGCUUUUGGAUUCCUGGAUCUGUGAAGCCUAGCGAAGUCUGCUUGUUAAUUUAAUAGCCGAAAUCCACAGCAGAUGUAAUUCCUAAUGGUAGAUAUCUUUGGUUUGUUGUAGUUGCUGUCUUUUUCGUGUGGGUUAUGAAGGGCAGUUUUCCUUAUUUUGUUGGCUUAGGAAUGACUUUAACGAACCCACGAUUCUAAUUGCCCCUUUAAUUCCAAAAUUAUGGAUUUGGAAGUAUUAUUUUAAGGCGAUACAGCCUCCAUGGUUUGGAGUGCAUUGUUGUGCACUGUUGCUAAUGGAACGGGAAGAUGAUGGAAGUCACCUUACAGGACGUACCAGUCAUAACCUGGGCUAAUGCUUCUGAAGAAGGGGCUGUGAAGAAGAGAAAAGAAGACAAGCUUCUGUCCCAUUGUUGGUAAUAUUUAUUUCGGUCCCACGAUGGUUGAGGUGGUCGGGGAGUUUGAAUACUGCAGGAAGGACCUCAUAGGUCACGGAGCCUUUGCUGUGGUGUUCAAAGGCCAUCACCGAAAGAAAACUGAUUGGGAGGUGGCCAUCAAGAGUAUCAACAAGAAGAAUCUUUCCAAGUCCCAGAUACUACUUGGCAAGGAAAUUAAAAUAUUAAAGGAACUUCAGCAUGAAAACAUUGUGGCAUUGCAUGAUGUCCAGGAAACCCCCAACUCUGUCUUUUUGGUCAUGGAGUACUGCAAUGGUGGUGACUUGGCUGACUAUUUGCAAGCUAAAGGAACACUUAGUGAAGAUACCAUACGAGUGUUUUUGCAGCAGAUUGCUGCUGCUAUGAAGGUCCUUCACAGCAAAGGGAUUAUUCAUCGAGAUCUGAAACCCCAGAAUAUUCUGCUAUCUUACACAGGACGGCGAAAAACUGGCAUUCGGAUCAAGAUAGCUGAUUUUGGCUUUGCCCGCUAUCUGCAGAGCAAUAUGAUGGCUGCCACUCUGUGUGGGUCCCCAAUGUACAUGGCACCAGAAGUUAUUAUGUCACAACACUAUGAUGCUAAAGCAGAUUUGUGGAGUAUAGGAACAGUAAUUUACCAAUGUCUGGUAGGAAAACCACCUUUUCAGGCUAGUAGUCCACAAGACCUGAGGCUGUUCUAUGAGAAAAAUAGGAAUUUGGUCCCAGCUAUCCCACAAGAGACAUCUCCUCAUCUGGCAGAUCUCCUCCUUGGCCUUCUACAGAGAAACCAGAAAGACAGGUUAGACUUUGAAACCUUUUUCAACCAUUCUUUCCUUGAUCAGUCUUCAGUAGUCAAAAAAUCUUGCCCUGUGCCUGUACCAGCACCAACGCAUCCUGGCUCUGCUUCUGGCAGCUCAUGUGGCAGUUCUCCAUCAUGCCGAUUUGCUUCUCCUCCUUCCUUGCAAGACAUGCAGCACAAUCAGGAAGACACCUUAUCUUCUCCACCUCAGGGUCCCCCUAAUUAUCUUCAGAUAUCUAAAGAUUCUGCUAGCACCAGCAGCAAGAACUCUUCGUGUGACACAGAUGACUUUGUUAUAGUACCGCACAAUAUCCCUUCAGACCAGUCAUGUGAUGUACCUUUGGGACUAACUGGAAGGCGAGCAUCAAGUGAGUUUUUGGUCUGCGGAGGCAUUUGUCAGCCUACAGUAUCCCCACACAGUGAGACUUCUCCAAUCCCUGUUCCCACGCAAGUCCAGAACUACCAUCGUAUUGAGCAGAAUCUGACUUGCACAGGCAGUCCUACAGCUAACACUGGUGGAUCACCAAGGUCUGGAACAGUAAGGAGAUCCAACACUAGCCCCAUGGGUUUUCUGAAGACUGGCUCCAGUUCUCCAACACCAGCCGAUACUGCACAAACCAUUGGUCGAAGGCUGUCUGCAGGAUCUUCACGACCUUACUCUCCAUCUCCCUUAGUUGGUACUAUUCCUGAGCAGACUGGGCACUGCUAUUGUGGUCUUCCUCAAGGACAGGAAUCCAGAGGCCGUAACUCCUCAAGUGGUUCACCUGUGCCACAGCCUCAGUUGAUGGGUGCCAGGCUGCAAAGCGCCCCCACUCUCACUGACAUUUACCAGAACAAACAGAAACUUAGGAAACAACAUUCAGACCCAGUGUGUACAAAUUCUGCUAGCUAUGGAUGCAAUAAUUUGCCACAGCCUAAUAAACCUGUUAGCCUUGGAAUGUCACCUACUAAGUACAUGGGAUCCUCGCCCAGGAACUCUGAAUGGCUACAUAAAACGCCUCUUCCAACUAUUAUUGGAUCCCCUACUAAGACAACAGCACCUUUCAAGAUCCCUAAAACCCAAGCGUCUUCCAACCUGCUGGCUCUGGUUGGUCGACAAGGAUUGUGUGACAAUACUCUGCAGUCCAAAGACACAAAUGACCCAGGCGAGUUCACCACUUUUCAGUGCCCGUCAAAUGAAAAAUACACAGUGUCAGAACAAAACAAAACUACCUUUGGCAGGUCAGUAAGUGCAGGAAAACUCUCUGACCAGACGGUGAAGACAACUCUUGGUGGUUAUGCAUAUCAGGGAAGCACAGACAGUCUCAAUUCUGAAAGGCCAAUGGAUACAGCUCCAGCAGGAACCUGUGGAAUGUUGAUGGGUUCCCCUGCUGUGGCAGCAGAGAACAGUCCAAGAACAGUUCUGUUUACAGUCGGGUCUCCUCCAAACAGUAUCACCCCUCCUACAACCUGUGUUCACAUGGUCAGCCGGACAAGAACAACAUCAGUUGGAUCAAAUAGUUCUGCUGGGUCUUUGUGUUCCAAUAGUGGGCGUGUGUACAUGGGUUCCCCUUCUGGCACCUGUAUGGGAUCUUCUCCACCAGGGGCAGAAGCAGGUCUUAAUCUCCGCUUAGUGCCUUAUGGAACAUCUCCUCCAAGCUUAGAGGGUUUUAUCACUUUUGAAGCUCCAGAACUGCCAGAAGAGACCUUGAUGGAGAGAGAACACACGGAUACUUUACGUCACUUAAACAUGAUGCUGUCAUUUACCGAGUGUGUCAUGGACAUCGUAACAUCCAGAGGUGGAGUCUUGGAAAUGGGUACUUCAGCAGUCUCCUUGUACCAGAUUCAGGAGAGUGUAGUUGUGGAUCAAAUAAGCCAGCUCAGUAAAGAAUGGGGCCAAGUGGAACAUCUUGUACUGUACAUGAAAGCUGCACAGUUAUUAGCAUCCUCUUUGCAUCUUGCCAAAGCACAAAUCAAAGCAGGGAACCUGAACCCAUCCACUGCUGUUAAACAAGUUGUCAAAAUGCUGAAUGACCGCUACAAGUUAUGCAUCGCCUUUUGUAAGCAGCUGACUGAAAAACUGAAUCGCUUCUUCUCUGACAAGCAAAAAUUUAUUGAUGAAAUUAACAGUGUUACAGCUGAGAAACUGAUUUAUAACUACGCUGUGGAAAUGGUUCAGUCAACAGCUCUGGAUGAGAUGUUCCAGCAAACAGAAGACAUAACAUUUCGCUAUCACAAAGCAGCCAUGCUGCUUGAAGGACUGACAAAAAUCCUGCAGGACCCAGCUGACAUAGACAGUAUACACAAAUACAAAAGCAGUGUCAAGCGAAGACUGGCAGCACUGUAUGGCACUGUGACCGUGUACAAUCCGUAAUGUGUCCAACAAGGACCAAGAUGGUCAAGCAGGGGACCACAUAAUCAGCACGUUGCAUACCCUUUCUACACUUUCAAUGAGUCAGUCCCGCAUACAGUUUUAAAGUUUCAGAAAGUAACUGAAGGAUCUUAUAGUUUUUAUUUUUAUUUUAAAUGUGAUUACCAAAGAAGCAGCGUUUGACUCUUGAAGUAGAGAAAUGGCACUUCCAGAAGCACCUAUCUGUUUUGAUAGAUAUGUAUAUAGUUAUAUAUGUUUUGUCUGCCUCAUAGAGGCAGAAACAUAAUCUUCCUGAUAGCUUUAUGUUUGUCAAUAAUUGUUAUCACUGGGACACUAAAAUGUGUUAAAAUUUAUUUAUAUGUUAAAUUACUGAAAAAUGGGGACUUUGAUGCAUUUUCAUACGGUAUAUUAAACAGUGUUCAAGAAGCGAGGAGAAUUAAUGAACUGUACCUGCAUUUUCAAAGAUAAAAUAACAACUAGCACUGUCUAAAAAAAAAAAAAGCAUGUAACGGUCUUCAGCAGUGAAGUUGGAAGUUUUACUUGGAUCUUUGAAAAAGCUAAAAUGGACAUGCAGAGCCUGAUCUGGCCAGCAAAAACAAGCACUUUAUCUUGAAAAAUAUGGAAGCCUACAGGAGACAAACUAUUGCAAAAAAAUACAUGGAGGAUCAAGAAGCACUUGAGAUGGUCACUUAAAGGCCUGGAUAUUGAAGUGGCUAUGAUGUUAAGCAUUCUCCUUGUGAGCCACUUCAUUUUUGCACUAAAUGAACACUUUUUGGACUAGGUCAGCUUUGCCAGUUACAGUGAAGCAACAGGCACUAACUUAAAAGUGACUGAGGAUGGUAAAAUAAUUUCAUUGCAUAUCAAAAGCACAUUUUCUUUGCAUUAUGAGUAAAAUUAUUGAAGGCUUUUAAGGUACAUUUGUAGCAAAAUAAUACAUUUUUAUGCAAGUUUUUUUCAUCUGACACUUGUCCCAGUACUUGAUAAAUUUACUGUAGGAGCAGUCUGUAAAAAAACUGUGCAUUACUAAUAGUUUCUUACUGUAUAUUUGGGUACCCAGUGUAUUUUGUGCAUGUGUGGCCUGUAGUUUAAUGCCUGUUAUUUCGCAAAGUUCAGUACUUAGCACUUCAUGCUUAUUGACAUUUACUUAGACAGUAUUUGAAUAUAAUGUUAAAAACAUGGAUAGAAACUUGCGGUAUAGAUUGAAAGAAAAGAAAAAAAGAAUGAUGUAAUAUUUGUGAUAGCUUUGUUUACAACAUAUUUGGUCUGUCCGGUUGUUUCUUUUAGUACACGAGAACUGUUCUUAUGUAUAAAAUCUAUCACUAGGAAUUCUUGCCAGGCCUCGAUCACAUUGAAAGUGUAUUUUGUUUUUUAUGAUCAGAUAGAUGUUCUUGUUUUAAUAUUUUGAAUCACUCCCCGCCCCUCCCCCGCAAAAAAAAAAAAAACUCCCAUUACUGUCCACUUACAUAUUGCACUGCAACACCAGCAGAGAUGUACAUGUAGAAUGCAGUUUUUUUUUUUUUUUUAUCUUCAUUGCAGGUUACCAUAUAUACCUUCAUGUAUUUCUGUGCCACCUGAAUGUUUUACACAGGCAGUCUCUGCCCUGACAUAUAGGAGGAAUUUUUAGAUUGCUGCUCCAUUUUCAUCGAUUCCUUCCUCUGUGUGUCAGCUUGUGUCCUCCAACUGGAGGAGAGACAUUUCUUGGCUGUUUAGGCCACUUUUUACUUCUGACUUCAUGAUGUGACUUUCAGUUUUCCUCAGGUGCAAUUCAACCAGCAUAUGAGGUGAUUCAGUACAUCAGCCUCAGAAGGACAGUUAGCCCAAAAAUUAACUUGCCCGUAAUUUAAAUUUCCAGUGGUUUAGAACGCUUUGGAACCAUUUUUAUACCAGGCAUGCUGAAAUUUGAUUUUUUUUCCUCUAGGCAAGUUCUCUGUUGAUCUGGGACUGUGAUAUGUUUCAUUAAUUUGAUACUUCUGAAUAAUGUAACCAGAUUUAUGAAUAUGGCAUUUGUUAUUUCUCCUCAGCAUGUUCAGCUGCUAUACGAGGUAAACAAAAAAAAAAAAAAAAAAAACAGAACCACAGUUUAAGAUAUGUGGACUGUAAAAUGUUUUGCUUUCCUUUAUCAUUGUUCUGUUGGUGUAGAAAAAAACGCUACUUUCCACCUUGUUUUCAAAAUACUGUAAAUUCCAUCUUAUUUUAUCUGUAUGAAAUUCCAGCAGUUAAUUAAAAAUAUUUGGAAUUUUUUUUAUUUAUAUAAUAUUUGUACUCAUGUCUUUUAAUACCAGUGUUUCUACCUCUCUUGGGUUUGAAGUUGCAUGCAUUAUUUAUAGUUAUGAAACAGUGUUUUUUUUUUUUUUUUUUUGAAAUGGUAUGUUACCACCUUUUUACUACACCUUGUAUAAUUGUACAAUGAAAGAAAAUAAACCUGUUCUAGAUAUAAAGUUGAA